UUUGGCAUUUUAGUUGAAAGUCAAAGGUUUGGAGAAACUCAGAAAAGAACAAAUUCGUGAAGAAUAAUUGGAAAAAUAUUUCGAGUGUUGUAGCAUUGUAAAUUUGAGUAAAAGUAUACUAAAAUAAUAGUUAAUAUUUGGUUCGAAAUAGUAGUGGCAAAUUACACUAAAAUAUACGGAUCAAAGCAGUCAACAACAACAAACUGUGCCAGCGCCCUGCAUCCGACCCUUGACGAUAUCUUUGAUUGCAAUAGUAACCAGCUAAUAAAUUCUAGAAGCGGUAAAAAAGGAUUGGUAGCAGGAAUUGUGGCAGUGAAAUAACCAAAUACGACAACACUUAAUAUUUAAGAACAAAAUACGGAAAUAAGCGAAAGAGAAACAAGAACGUUAUGAUCAAAUUGUUCUCACUGAAACAACAAAAAAAGGAUGGCGAACAGUUGGCCCGAACCGGACAGCAAAAGAAAGCAUCAGCUGCGCAGCUACGUAUACAAAAAGAUAUCAACGAGUUAAACCUGCCGAAAACAUGCGCCACUGAGUUUCCUGAUCCAAAUGACUUGCUCAACUUUAAGCUCACGAUUUGUCCUGACGAAGGUUUUUAUAAAAACGGACGUUUUGUGUUUAGUUUUCGCGUGGGGCCCAACUAUCCACAUGAACCACCAAAAGUUAAAUGCGAAACACAAGUUUACCACCCAAACAUCGAUCUGGAGGGCAACGUCUGCUUAAAUAUACUGCGAGAAGACUGGAAUCCAGUGUUGACCAUCAGCUCUAUUGUUUACGGAUUACAAUUUCUAUUUUUGGAGCCUAAUCCCGAAGAUCCAUUGAAUAAGGAAGCUGCCGACCAAUUGCAAUCAAAUCGCGCGCUAUUCGAACGCAACGUUUUAAGAGCGAUGCAGGGCCAUACCGUGGGUGAUACCCAGUUUGAGGCAUGUCUCAAGUGAUAUCGAGAAUCAACUCUUUAAUUUUAGGAUUAUCGUCUGCCUUUUCGACUUAAUGUUACGUUUUGGUGGGCGUUUUUAUAUUAAUUUAAUUUCCAACAUUCAUUAAAGAAGGAAAGCAGCAAA